AUGGCUAACCGUCCACUUUUUCUGGCCAACGUCCGCACUGACAGCUCUUUCGAUGAGAUCCCAGUGAUAGAUAUUCAAUGGGGAAAUAAACUUGAAGCGAGUGUGAGGAGAGACAUAGCAGAUCAGAUCCGUGAUGCAUGCGUAAACGUGGGCUUUUUCUAUGUCAAGAAUCACGGCAUCUCGGAAGCUGCUACUCUCGGAGCGCUCGACGCAGCAAAACGAUUCUUCGCGCUGCCUACUGACACCAAAAAGAAGCUCGACAUACAUAACUCUGCGAAUUAUAAAGGCUACACCGCGCUGCUCGGGGAAAACACCAACCCUGACAAUCACGGUGAUCUCCAUGAAGGAUUCGAUCUUGGUUGGGAGUCUCUCCCAGGCAGCCCUGAUAAGACCAUAGAAAGGGACGACGGCGCAAUGGCUGGGAGCAAUGUUUGGCCAAAUGAGUCAGAUAUACCGGGAUUCCGAGAGGACACAGUCAAGUACUACCAUACGGCAGUGCGGUUGGGUCAAUACCUCUUCCAGUUGUUUGCACUGGCGCUGGACCUCCCAGAGAGUUUCUUCGAUGACAAGACCACAAAACCCGCGGCGAUAAUGCGACUACUGCACUAUCCGCCGCAGGCCGGCAAGGUUGAGGACCGUACAAUUGGCAUCGGCGCUCAUACAGACUACGAGUGUUUCACAAUCCUAUGGCAGCAACCGGGCAUACAGGCGCUCCAAGUCCUUAAUGCAAGUGGAAAGUGGAUUGAUGCGGCGCCCAUUCCUGGCACGCUUGUUGUCAACUUGGGCGACCAAUUUGCGAGAUGGACAAACGAUGUCUUCAAGUCCACCGUGCACAGAGCCAUUAACCGCUCAGGGGCUGAAAGAUACUCCGUGCCUCUGUUCUUCGGGACCGACUACAAUGUCCCGCUCGAGAUCCUACCGAGUUGUGUAUCUGCUGAUACACCUGCCAAGUACGAGGUCAUCACUGCGGGAGAGUACGUCAAGUCAAGACUGGAAGCAACGUAUGCGCAUUCGAAAUGA